UUAUCCCUCAUUUACAAUCCCAAACACCCGUCAACUCCCCACCUCCCUCCUUCUUCCUUCUGCUCCAUUAAACCUGCAAAAAAAAAAGUCGUUAUCGAAAGAACCUAAUCGAAGCAAAAGGAGACAAGGUCAUACUUUAAAGUCGAAAUGGUGUACGUAAUGUGGCAGAUCAGACCAAAAAAUGAAGUUGUCGACGUAUCAUCCUUAUAUGCGGGUGCACCCACAUGGUUUAGUAUUAAGCUUCAUCAUGGUGGGAAGUUUACUAAGUUACCUGACAUAAAGUAUACUGGAGGUGAAGUGCGUUAUGUUGAUUAUGUGGACAUAGAUGAGUUUUCUGUACAUGAACUUGAUGCCAUAAUGCUUGACCUAGGUUACCCAGACCCACGGAUGAUUGAAUUGAGUGUUGAAUCCCCAGUGAUAUACUACCAUUUCAGGAUACCCAAUGGUGACUUUCAAUUUGGUCUUAGAGCUUUAGGGAAUGAUCAGGAUGUUAUCAAUCUUUCUAAAUUUAUUCAAAAUAACAAGUUGAUUGAAGUGUACACAGAACAUGGGAAGACAAAUCUACUCACAUACUUCAUGUCUCCAAAUGCAAAGGGUAAAGUUGUCAUUGAGGAAUUACCAGAAAAUGAUGAUCAAGGGGCUAAAUAUGAGGCUGAAGUUCAUGUAGAAUCUCCAUUGAGAAAUAUGAACCAUGUCAAUGAUGAACCAAUUGGUGAGUACAUGUCUUUGAUUCUUUUUGGGAGUAAAACUGAUGCAUUCUCUCCAGAGUAUAGAAGGGGUAGAGUUGGGAAUUCAAAAAGAGAGGAAGGUUCUUGUAGCAAGAGGCUUAAUUUAGAGGAUAUUGAUGAUUUAAAAGAGAAGGAAAACACUAAUGAGGAUGAGAUGAUUGAUGGAUGCUACAACACCCCACCCAUUAAUGAUGAUGAACAAUAUAAUGAACUUUUUGACAACCUUAUGGAAAAUUUAAAUGGAAGUGAUGAGUAUGUUGAAGAGUAUGAAGGGGAUGUUGAAUCUGAAGAGAGUGAUGAAGAGUAUGAAAAGGAUGAAGGUGAUGAUCAUGAUGGGAAACAAUCAGAAAAUGAAGAUAAAGUGGAUGACAUAAUGGAUGAGGAGAACAAUAUAGAAGAUGUUGAUGUGGACAUGGCAGACUUCUUUGUAAAUGUUGAAAGUGAUGUUGAAGGAGCAUGUAUUAAUGAUGGUCAUGAACCUGAAGAUAUGGAAGUGAUCAACAAUGAGGAGUUCGAAUCAUUGGAUGAAGGAUCAGACCAAGACAGAGAAAGAAGAGCUCUCAUAAGAAAUUUGGGAAAAGAAAAAAGGUGCAACUUUGGGUCAGUACAUAUACAGUCAUUCUCAGUGGGGCAAAAGUUUAAAAGUAAAAAAGAAUUAAAGGAGUUAAUUGAUGUGCACGCACUAGAAACAAGAAGGAAUCUAUUCUUUAAAAAAAAUGACAGUCAAAGGCUUAGGGCACAGUGCAGAGGAGUUGUACCUGUCAUCAAUAAAGGUCAAGUGGGGACUAAACCUACCACUUCAAAAAGCAAGGGCAAAGAAGUAAAGACACAAAAAGAAACAUGUGGUUGGUAUAUACAUGCAUCUAGGUCAAACCCCGAAUCUGAUUGGUUUAUAAGGACCUUAAACCAAACUCAUACAUGCUUACAAACAAGAAAACUCAGAGCUUGUACUGCUUCUUUAAUCUGCAAGAAAAUCAUAGAUCAAGUUGAGGCAGAUCCGAAGAUUCCUUUGAGAGCCAUACAAGAUCACUUUCAAAAGACCUACCAGGUGGGUAUUUCAAUGGAUAAGGUGUUUAGGGCAAAAGAUAUGGCAAGAAAGCAUGUAACUGGGGACUACACAAAACAGUUUGAGUUGUUGAGGGACUAUGCUCUUGAACUUCAAGCUACAAACCCAGACACAACAGUCAAAAUAGAUGUGUGUCCUAAUGGCAACCCUGCAUCCCCAACAAGGCAGUUUAGAAGGAUUUAUGUAUGCUUGGGUCCACUGAAAAAAGGUUUCAAAGCAUGUCUUAGAGACUUAGUAGGUUUGGAUGGUGCCUUCAUGAAAGGCCCAUUCCCUGGUCAGGGAUUACAAAUUGCAGUUGAUCAAUUGUUUCCCAAUGCUGAGCAUAGGUAUUGUAUUAGACAUAUUCAUGACAAUAUGAGAAAGAAGUGGGGGCAAACUGAGUACAGGGACCAUUUAUGGAGGUGUGCAUCAGCAACCACCAUUCCUGAGUUUGAACAUUUGAUGAAAGAGUUUAGUGAGUAUGAUAAGGAGGCAUGUCAAUGGUUGAAGCAAAUUCCUCCUGUACAUUGGGCAAGGAGUCAUUUCUCAGGAAGAGCUGUUUCUGAUGUGUUGAUUUCAAACAUGUGUGAAGUGUUUAAUGGGAAGAUAGAGAAAGGCAGGGACAAACCUGUAAUUUCAUGUUUAGAGUUCAUUAGGGAGUAUCUAAUGAAGAGGAUAUGCAAUGUCAUGAAGGCAAUGAAGAAGGCUAAAGGUCCACUAACACCUACAGCAACAGACAUCCUAGAUGCAAGGAAAAAAGUGCUUCACAAUAUAUUGCUAGGUGGAAUGGGGCAAACAAGUAUCAAGUCACUGCAGCAUUGCAAGAUCAACAUGUGGUGGAUGUUAGGAACCAAACCUGUACUUGCAGAAAGUGGGAAUUAA